UUCAUGUUGUUUUACUGAAUCGUGUUUUCCUAACCGAAUCUGCUCUUUAGUUUGUGUUGAAAAUUGAUGUUUGGAAGCUAAUAUAAUUUACUGUUGAUUUUCAGACGAUUUUAUUUUUCGUAUUUAAAGUUUAAAUGUUCUUAUUGUUCAGAAGUAAAAAUUACAAAAAGUAACUCUUUUGAAUCCGUAACGAAGGGAGGUAUCAACUUAUCAAGCCUGGAAGACUAAUGAUCACCUGCCGCAUGGCUUUCGUUGGUUACACGAUUCAGGUGUGCUCGUUCUAAGCUUUGACACGAAACGUUGGUAAACGUAAUCAAAAGCUAGGCCUAAAAAAUUAAAACUGAAUGUGUUUCCAAAUUUUUUCUUUUAAAUUUUAUGGAAUGCUACUAUCCGUAUCAUCACUCAUUUUAGAAAUGCCCUUAGAAUUUCUACAUUAAUGAUGAAAAAGAAAAAAAAAGGUAGAAUAUUUAAAGUUACCUUGGAGGAAUUCAGUUUUACUUAGUUAAUGAUAGGUGAACCUGAAAAUUGCGAAUAUUUGAUUAAGAUAUAAAAAGUAAGCUUGGUUGGAAUGAUUUAUUUAUCCCUCUUCGAUAAUUUGUGAUUUCAAACUCGAAACUUUGUGAAAGGUAGACAAUGACUUAAGUUGUUGAUAAGCGUACCGGUGUUACUUUACAAUUUUCAGACAUGCAAAUAAGGAAUCAUCUAUGUUAAAACAAAUUUAAAACUCAGCCCACCACCGACUGUAAAAGGAAUUAUUAUAACACAUAAAUACUAUUACUAGUAUCAGUUUUUUGUUUUUUUACUAUUCUGAUACAAUUGAAAAUCUAUAUCAUAAUACAUUAAUAAUUAAUAGACAAAUAAUUAGAAAGACAAGUGAAGAUCUUAUCAAAGAUUGGAUUUUCUAAACCCUUCCUGUGAACUAAUGUACAAGCACUCUUGUACUUCUGCAACGAGACUGAGUACAAUUUACAUAUUGCUAAAGGAAACUAAAGUGUAACUUUGCCAAAAAUGAAAGUGACUGUUAAUUUUGGUAAUAUUAGAGUGAUAGUUCCAUGUGGGAAUGGAGAAAUCUUGGUUCGAGACUUGAUGGACUUAGCUAUCACUCGGUAUAAAAAAGCAACAGGAAAGUCACCAGAUGCCUGGGUAACUAUUCACAAUCUCAAACUGUCAAGUGAUGGUGGCAUACUUGACCCUGAUGACAAGUUGAAUGAUGUAGCAGAUGACAGAGAACAGAUAAUUGCCAUCUAUGAAGAGCAAGGUUCUCCAUUUUUAUCUCAUAAUGGAGGAGAUGGUACGAGUGCCAGCUCUGUGGGAACAGAAAGUCCAGACAUUUUUAGGGGAAGUGAAGAUACCCAUCAUGAGAAGAAAGAUCCGUACACUGAAAAUGAUGUUGAGAUCACAGCUGACCAUAUAUCAUCUGGUGUGACACCACUUCAUGUAAGAAGAGGCAGUGAACCAGCACUUAACUGUAUCUCACCCAGUCCAGCCAGUGCUGACCCAACCAAAAGAUGGUCUGCAGCGGUCAUCAUGGACAAUGAUACAAGUGGGACCUCAAGAUCUGUGCAGGGCAACAGCUUUGGUUCUUCUGAGAAUGACUUGGUUGUUAAUGUAGCAGAAGAUGAAACUGAAGAAGAAAACACAGGGUUUUUAAGAGUUGGUCAAGGUUCCGAAAGAUUAUCUAUUUUGGGCAGUGGCUCUAAUAACUUGUGCUGGGAAGAAGCAGCUGAUGCACAACUUCUCAGAAUGCAAGAUGCUAGAAAAGAACCACUUGGUGGGCCGGGAACAUCACCUGAUCAGUCAAGAGAUAGAGAUAGUGAGUCAUCUGGUGGAAGUGAGGACAGGGAAAAUCCUAUAAUCCUGAAGAAUGAAUCAGGGCCUUUAGGUAUCCAUGUUGUACCAGAUUAUGACUCAAAUGGGAGGGAUAUGGGACUUGUGGUACAGGGAGUUGAACCUGGUGGCAGAAUUGAUCGAGAUGGCCGACUCCAUAUUGGAGACCGUAUUGUUGAUAUCAAUGGGCAAAGUUUGCUCCAUGUUAGUUUCAAAAAAGCCCAAGAAAUAUUUAAGGAUGCACUAAGAGACCCAGAAAUUAGGAUACGUCUGGCAAAGAAUUCACUGUCUACAGGCUCUGCUCAAAGGCCUAAAAAACCUCCUCCUCCUGUCUACCCAAAGCCCAUAGUUCAGAGAAAAAGGUCUAAUAAUGAAGAAGAAAGAACAGACUUGGUGGAGGGACAAGAACGAGGAGGUUUAAACACUAAAGUUGCUACAGUAACUCAAACAAAAAAGAUACCAUCUUCUGUGCCAAUAAGUCAUAAGAAUAUUCCUCUCACCUCAAACACAAGAAAAAUUGGACGAAAGAUUCCAAUACAGUUGACAAAAGGACCAGAUGGGUUUGGAUUCAGCAUAACAACAAGGGACAAUCCUGCAGGCGGGAACUGUCCCAUUUAUAUAAAAAAUAUUCUUCCUAAAGGUGCUGCAAUUGAGGAUGGCAGAUUAAAGCCAGGGGACAGGCUUUUAGAGGUUAAUGGAAUAGAAAUGACUGGUCUGUCCCAGACAGAAGCUGUUAAAAUUUUGAGAAAUACUCCACUUAGAGGAAUUGUGAAUUUGGUAGUUUCUCGUCAGGAAUUCGAUCCCACUCCUAGUCCAAACCUGUCUCAAGAACUGCCACCAGAUCAACUAGAGGAUGAAUUUGGAAUAUACCCUUGGAAACAUAGAGAGAUUCUGACAUAUAACAUUCCAUUAAAUGAAACAGGAUCAGCAGGCUUAGGGGUUAGUGUGAAAGGGAAAACCACGACAACUGAAAAUGGCCCAAUAGACUUGGGUAUCUUUGUUAAAUCUGUUAUUCAUGGUGGUGCUGCGUCAAAGGAUGGCCGGCUUCUCACCAAUGAUCAGCUUAUAAAAAUUAAUGGCAUUUCAUUAUUAAGAAUGACUAACACUGAAGCAAUGGAAACGCUACGGCGUGCUAUGGUUCAAGGAGAUGGCCCAAAUGUUGCUCCUGAUGCCAUUACACUGACCAUAGCAAGACAAAUACCCUCUUUUGCUACAUAUGAUGAGGAUCCUGGAACCUUACCAUCUUCAUCCAGUCAGAAUAAUUCAACUGUUAGCAACAUUAAUGAUGGUUCGCUUAAUAGAGAUAUCCUGGAAAAAUACACUAGUCCACUGGAAAACAGAACUUCUACUCCAGAUAAUUCUGCCAGUGAAAAUUCAGAAAGUACAGUGAUAUUCAUUCCAAAGUCUAAUAUUAGUGAUAAUUAUGGUUCAGGAAGCAUAAGUGCAGACUUUAAAGAAUCUAAACCAUUGGGUCAAAAUCCUGUUAUUGAAAGGUUGACAGGGCUAGACACAAAAUCAAAUAUGCUGCGUAAUGAAUCAUACUUAAGAGCAAGCCAUGAAAGCUGGGGUGGCAACCAGCUUCAUGAAUUACAUGGGCUCAAAAUAGGACAGGAUUCUUCCAUAAAUAGAGUAAACCUUUCACCAACAAUAAACUUACCAACAUUUGACACUGCUAUGGUGGAUUCAUCCUAUGGUGGAAGUCCUGUCCGACCCAAACCCAGAAGUCGAUCCACAACACCCGAUAACUUGCUCUCAUCCCCUUCAAAAAAUGGUACCUACAGUGAAGAAAAAAAAUAUUUAGAAAAUGGAGAUGAAUCUAACUCAAGAUAUAAAGAAUUAGCUAUGACCAGCCAACUUUCAUUAGAUGAUGAAAGUCAGUUUACAUUAACUCGAGAUGGUUUUGGUCGACAAAGUAUAUCAGAGAAACGACAUGCUCAAUUGGAUGCUCGCAACACUGACACGUUUCAGCGUAAUAAACGAGCUCGUGAAGAGCGAGAAAAACAAAAAUAUCUGCUUCCUGAAGGAAAACAACUGACAGAUUAUCAAAAUCAACAGGAACAUAACCAUCACCAGCUGAGAGAAGUCUGUGUGGACAGAGACCAAGAGACUGCUUGCUCUACUAAAAGACCUGCCGUGAAGGCCCAAACUUUGAGAGCUAAUGGAGAGAUAAAACCCAGUCUUGUGCGUGCCAACUCGGCAGAAUCUUUGGUCAACCACGUUCGAUCUAACAUUCCUCACUCACAGCCAUUUAGAGUAUUCAAGGAAGUGGGAAAGCUUUAUAGGAACCCUUUGCUCUUCUACCCAACAUGUUGCUGGAGUUGCCAAUCUCCAGGCUGUCCUUAUCACAUGGUACCAUCUGGUGGAGACAGCAUCAACAGCAGAGGAUCACAAGUGCAAGUGGGCCCAUCACUUGGGAUGAAAAAGUCGAGUAGCCUUGAAAGUCUCCAGACUAUGGUGCAAGAGCUACAAAAGGAAGACAAGAGUCAAGCACGGGGUUCUCGUCGACCCACAGGCAGAGCAGCAAGAGGACGUGGAUGCAAUGAAAGUUUCAGAGCUGCAGUGGACCGUUCAUAUGAAGGACCUGUUACUGAAACCAUGGAAACUUUGGAUGAAGAGACUGAGAGUAGCAGCUCUGCAGGACCAGGGGUUCAUGGACGAGGAUCAGGUAUUAGUAGUUCUCGUGAUACACCAUCUGUUAGCAGUGACCCUGCUGCUGAAGAAACUGUAAAUGGACAUAGAAAAACUGGCAAAGUAGGAAAGAAGAAAGGACUGUUAAAAGGAUUAGGCUCAGUUUUUAAAUUUGGAAAAAAUAAGAAAUUAACCCAUGAUCAAGCAGGGAAGUCAUCCAAGGAAGAAACCGAAAAAGAAGAAGAACGUUCUCGUGCACGGCGAGCUGCUCAGGAAGAACAAGAAAGGAUACAAGAACAAUACAGAAAGCUAGUAGAAAAGCAGAGACAAGAGCAGCAGCAGGAACAGACAUAUAAUAAGGAAGGUUUUACCUCAAUAAGUCAUCUUCCAACUCAGACUAGACAAGAAAGAAUGCAUCAACUCAGAGCUCAACACCAACGAAGACAUCAGGAGCGGCAAGGCCAUUACCCUAAAGAUGAACAAGAAGAGGUUUAUGAAAAAGAGAUUACAGAGGCCAUUGAUCGUCAACCGCUGAAGCGAAUGUUACCUCCUCUGCCCAACCCUAGUUUCUACUCCCCCAGACGUCCUUUGCCUAUAAAGAGACGAGAAACUGAGGUUCUACAUAAUCGGUCCCACAGUUUUGACAUCUACAAGGAAAUGGAAAGGCCAGGAAGUAGAGUAGGCUUUGCUGACCCAAGCAAAUACAGUCAUUAUAUGAACUUCAAAGAAAUUCAACAGCAUCUGCAAGAAUACAGACAACAUCAACUACAGAACCUUCCUCGUCAGCCACAAAUGGGUAAGUCUUCUCCCUUGGGUCAGAGAGAUAGACCAACAUCAAACUUUUUUGAGUAUGAAAGCAUGCAAGGUGGUCUUCAACAGAAUACUGAACCAAACACCAACUCAUUACCUCGUCAUUCUAACAUGACAGGACAUCCUCCAAACCAACCUCAUCCACCCCACCAACACUAUAAAAAACAUCAAGUCCAUCCUUUUCAGUCAGUGGAACCUCCCUCAUCACACAAAGCUAAUGGCUACAAUGAUCUAACACAGUUACGGCCUGUUCAAAGUCAGCCGUCAAGUGGUGCUUUAUUAUUCUUACCUACAAGGACAAAACGAGAAGGACCUGGAUCCAAAGUGUAACUCUAGAAAGGCUCUUUAUUACUGUCUCAAAGAGAGAGUAUGUAAGUAGUGUACAUGAAUUUCCAGAACAAAAAAACAAUUCAUUUUAUUAUUUCAUUUGAAGUAAUCAACAAAAGUUUGCAAAGAAGUAAGUGGUAGUUGUUUUUUUUUGGAUGGAAAAACUUCUAGCAUGGUUUGUAAAUAUGCCUUCUUAGGCUUAUUUGGGGGACCUUCUUGACAUAUUAAGUACUGAAAUUACUAUCCACAAUAACCGAAGGUGGACUGGUCUUUCAAUUUUUACUGUACAGGAUGUAGUGAACUUAAACUUCUCUUUUUUUCCACGAGGAAAACAAAGUAUAAUGCCAGUUUGGUUUUUUUGUUUCAUACAUUUAAAGGAACUUAUGAUAAUGACCUCAACUCAUAUGUUACAUAGUGUACAGUAAGUUGAAUUGUGUUAGUGAACUGUGGCCAAAGAAUCUCUUGUCUGGUAUUCUUGUUAUGACUGGUGUGAAGCAUCUUUGUUUCAAACAAACGCUCCAGUAUAUGUUUUGAAACAAAUAGUGAUAUUGACUUUUCUUUGAGCUCAAAUCGUACAUGCAAUGUAUAUAGUAGUUGCAUUUUCAUCAGGAACUAAAAAUAUCAUUAGUGAAUGAUAAAACAUAUGUUUAUACUAUUAAUAUUUUUAAAGGUUUGUCUUAAAUAGCAAGAUCCUAAAAUAAGUAAUUCAUUUGUUGGUGUAAAAUUCGAAAUUUCAGUUUUACAUGUAUAUAUAUAUAUGUAUAUAUAAGUUCUAUAAUACUCAAUUCAAGUAUUAUGUGGUGGAAUAAUGACAUUCUUAAGCUCUAUACGUAUUAAGUAAAUUUUGUAACUUACUAAGCUAUUAUUCUACCUUAUAAUCUAAAACUUGUAAAUAUAAUACUAACCUUUUCUGUUUUGCAAACAUUAUUUAAGACAAGUCUGUUUUCAUUUACCUUUUCCAGUUUCAUCAUAAAACAUUUGUGUUGUUUAAUUAAAGAAAAAAAGUUUAUACUGUUCAAAAUGUUCUUUUUCUUUUUAAAGCAAACUAUUUUGAUUGAUUCAUGCAUAGAACUUUACAGCUUUUUUAAAAAAACUUAAAUAAAUCUUAGAGUUUUACUUUAUGCUUAAUUAUAACAAGAAUCGGCCUAAUCACAGGUUUACUUGGUUGUGUAGAACUGCUGACAGGUAGUGUUUUAUUUGUCUUUUCAUUGCUGCCAAAGGAUUGGAAGUGACUUAACAUUAUAUUAACCUGAAAAAAAUAAAUCUAAUUACAUUUUAUGAUUUCUUUUAUCUCCCAAAACGGAAACUUGAUCAAAGUUUUAAAAUAAAGUUGUAGUAGUCUAAACUUUUACUUUUUUUUUUACUUUGAUCAAAUAUGUAGAGUGAGCUGUUUUAUUUAAAAAAAAAGAAUAAAUUGUUGUUUUUCACACUACCAGUUGUGAAUAUAUGUAUAACUGUAUAUAAACUACAUACUUGACUAGUGGCCAGUGACAACCAUCGCUGACUAGUAGCCAUUAAGAAAUUAUCAAACCCAAAACUGUGGUCAGUGAAAAAUAUUUUAUUUGGUCUGGCCAGUGACAAGAUCCAGAAAAGUUUAUACUAACAAUUUUUAACCUUUAUUUGAUCAUGAACUUUUUAUACCUUAUGUUCUGCUAACAAAUAAACCCCAGCAGUAUUUGGAGGACCCAGAAAGUUUUGUAACUAUAGUUUUUUUAUUUUUAGUUUGCCCCUGUAUAACAUUCCACUGUUUCUAUGUUCGCAGUUGUCUUAUAUCAUAUGUACAUAAUAUUAUUUCUUUCAAUAAGACAUGUAAGGGAUUGUCAUUGAACUUGCAUGUAGUAGUGAAAAAAAAGUAUUAAUAAAGGGAUUUUAAUUUGUUGAA